AUGUUUCCACCCACCAGCGAGCAAAAAGCCUCUCAGUGGCCCAACGUGCAGCCGCAGACGCCGUCUCCUCGCCGGAGCCGUGUGCGUAAAAGGCGCACGGGGGGGCCGCAUAGGAGUUCCAGGAAGGCGGCGGCGGUGGUGGUGCUGGUGCCCCCCUCCACCUACCCCCGCCUUCUUUCCUCUAUCGGUCGAGCGGAAGCAGGUGUCAAGAUGUCGCCGCUGCCUUCCAGGUUCUUUUACCUGUGUUUACAUUUCCUGGUCCUCUAUUUUCAACUGCAGGAGUCGCAGCAGAGCUCUGCAGACUUCCGUUUCUACAUCGAGAACCACACAAGGAACCCGGACGACCUGAGUCGCAAGCAGGUCCGCAUCUAUCAGCUGUACAGCCGGACCACGGGCAAGCACGUACAGAUCCUCGGGAAGAAGGUCAAUGCCAACGGCGAUGAUGGGGCUCUUUUGGUGGUGGAGACGGAAACGUUCGGUAGCCAUAUCCGAAUCAAGGGCAAAGAGAGCCAGCACUACAUCUGCAUGAACGAAAAAGGCAAAAUAGUCGGGAGGCCUGACGGUGGGAAGCAGGAGUGCGUAUUCGUGGAGGAGUUCCUGGAGAACAACUACACGGCACUAGUGUCAGCCAAGUACAAAGGCUGGUACCUGGGCUUCAACCGCAAAGGUCGACCCAAGAAGGGCUCGCGCACCACCCAGCGCCAGCAGGAGGUCCACUUCAUGAAGCGGGACCCCAAGGGCCGCGAGGACCCGCUGGAAGAGUUCCGCUUUACCCCCGUCACCAAGCGAACGCGGCGAGCCCGACGGCUAAAGAAGAGGAAGAACUGA